AUGCCAGUUCAAUUGAUUCGGCAGGCCACUGUGUGGUACUCGCUGCUCCUGCUUUCCCUGACCGAGGCAAUACCACCAGACUCUGCAUCUAACCCAAAUAGAAUCUGGGACAAUUCGGCAGCAUCCAGCUACGGUGAUAAUUACCCUAUUGGCAAUGGCCGUGUUGGAGCCAUGGUAGGGGGAGCGCGUCUUCAGAGGCCAUCCAAGUGA